AUGAGUGAAGGCAUGUUCUCAAGACAUGCUGCUUUAAGUGCAGGGGCUAUUCCUGCUUCUGCGGAAGAGUUGUCGCAACGAUAUCUGAAAUUGUUUCAACAGUACUCUCGCUUGAAAGCGCAACACGCUGUCUUGAAGAAAGCAGUGAUCAAGGAACAAGCAUCCAAUGUGGCAUUACAAGGAAACGUCAAGGAAAAAGAAAAAGAGCUAAGAAAGCUUCAGGAACAAUUGGAUCUUUUAGCGUUUCACAACGAGAGACUUACGAAACGUAUCCAAGCCGUACAGGACAGCGAACAAAAAGGCAAUCAUUUCUCUUUAUUAGGUGGAUCAGUAAAGAAGGAAUUGGAAAAGAGUGCACAAGCACUGGAUGAAGCGAACAUGGAUUUGGAGCGAAAGAUUGAAGAGAAUGAGAAGCUUCACGAGGAAUUAACUGAAAGACAGUUUGAGUUUACUGAAAGUAUCAAUACAUUGUUGCAGCAAAUCCAAGACCUCGAAAAGAAAGUGAACGAUUUGCAAGACGAGAAUGUCAAUUUACAAGCAGAGAGCAGAAAUGGCAGUGGCAAUGGUAUUGCUGGUGCUAAUGAUACACCACUCGAGCAUCGUCAACAUGUGAAUGCUGAAGUCGAGUUGCUCAAGAAGGAGUUGAAAGAAAAGAACGACUUGUUGGAAGAGAAAACGCAUCAAGCACAGCAAAAUGACAUGCAAAUGGUUUCAGAAAUUCAAAGCUUACGUGCUAUUUUGUUGGCCAAAGUUGGAAGCAUGACAAAGGAAGAAUCCACUUUAUAUGACAUUGUCCCUGCAGCAUCAGAUGCAUUGAAAGCAUUGGAGACACAGGCCAAUCAAUACAUUUUAUCCAACGGAGACAAGACUGACAUGAAGGAAUUACCAUCCGACAUUGCCGAGAGGCUAGCUAUAUCCACAGAGACAUACUCUCAAGAGCUGCUCAACUUGUUAAGGCAGCUGGAUGAUACCAAAGCAGAACUCAACAGACUACUAAAAGAAAAGGACGAUGAGAUCCAGCACACCAAAAACAAAAACCAACAGCGUACGCAAGAGUUUGAACAGCAGAUUCAGGCACAAAAUGUCAAGAUUGAGGGUCUCUUGGCAACCCUUGAGACAAACCAAAAAAGCCAGACUGAUGCAGUAGCCAAACUUGAAGCCAUCAAUAAGAAGCUGGAAGACGAGAAUAUGCAACUGCAAAAAGAGCUUGAAUUACAGAAAUCAAACCUAGAGGAUGCGCAAAAAGAACUAAAUGAUACCAAAGAAUUGAUGAAAUCCAAAGAUACAUCAGACAAAGAGAUUCAAGUGGAUCCAACUCUUGAUGAGCCCAGAGCAGCAGACAAAGAGACCAAGGCUGACGCGGAUGUACCCCAACCUAAUGAUGACACAAAAGAACAAGAGGAAGACGACGAGGAUGUCUUUGUAUACCCUAGCCAACCCACUGAGGAACCCAAGAAGCAGCAGGAAGAAGAGGACGAAGAGGACGAAGAAGAGGAUGUCUUUGUAUACAGAGGCAUGGAUGCAGUUGUGCCUGAAGCUGAAGCCACAGAAACAAGCACUGAAUCAGAAAAGAUAUAUAAUCAAGAUGACAUGAACAGGAGAGAAGCCAACAUGAAAACAUACUACGAACAGCAAGUUGCCCAACUCACAGAAAAGAUUCAAAUGACUGAUAGCAAAGCGCUCAGAUUUGCAGCCAUGUACAAAUCGCUAAAAGAGAGAUUGAUCCAAGAGGACAAAGAAAAGCAAAUGAUGGUGACAGAGAUUGAUCGUCUGAAUAAAGAGGUCAAGAAUGUGCAGGAUUUACUGGCUACUACUGAAUCGAACUACCAAAAACAAGUAGACACAAUGACGGAAUUCAUCUCGUCAAUACAACAAACGCAAGAGGAGCAAUCUCGACACCAUCAGCAGCAACAACCGCCACAGAGACGAAGCAACAACUAUCACAACCAACGCUAA